CCUCCCUGAGCGUGGUAUCUACAUGUUGUCAUUCAUGGGUGGAACCAUAGAUCCGUGUCUGAAAUCCCUGUUUGAGGCGCGUUUUAUUGUUCGUGCAUUUAAGGGAGAAUAAUCCAUAUCAAAUUUUAGACAUGUCGUACAUCCCGGGACAACCUGUCACUGCUGUCGUGCAACGGAUUGAGAUUCGUAAACUACGCGAUGGGGAUAAUUUAAUAUUGGGAUUUAGCAUCGGUGGAGGAAUUGAUCAAGAUCCAACUCAGAAUCCAUUCUCACAGGACAAAACAGAUAAGGGCAUUUAUGUGACACGGGUAUCAAAAGGAGGACCAGCAGAAGUUGCUGGUCUCAUGAUGGGAGAUAAAAUAAUGCAGAGGCUGCUCUCCUCCUUCUGUUUGUGUUUGUCAUAUAGUGUAUAUCCACUGGACCCAAAUGGAAUACAUGCAUGUUACUAGGCCUGUUACCUGUCUGCUUACUGUAUAUAGCGUUGCAAGGUUAUAACAGCUUCUGUGAUUAUUGAAGAAUUAUAAAUUUAUCAAAGAUAUCAUACAACAUCCAGCAUCAUUCAAAGAACAUUUUAAACUGAUUGUUUAGAUCGUCUUGUGUUUACCGUUUAACUCUCACCCAGAAUUUAUUUAUUUUUUUAACUUUCUGUACUUCAUUCAUUUGAUUGCACAUAAAUGAAAUGUUUCAUUAUGAUUAAUGUCAACAUGAAUAAAUACACAUGGGAGAUCUUGAUCUUAGCAAAUCAAAUGCAAAUCAUGCAUGAAUGACAAGAAGAUCAUUCUGAUUACUGAUGAUGAAACUCGACACCUGAAAAGUUUAUAUUCCAUCUUCCUUAAAUAAAAAAUUCUAUGCGGAGCAAUGGCAAGGUCUGAGAAUAACAUGAACUAAAUUUACAAAGUUUGUCGCAACCUCAUUGUGCUGACUGUUUUGAUAUGUCACAAGUCUGUUACAGUAACAUCGUGUUUCCACACAUUUUGGCGGUUAAUGUGCACAUGACUUCACCAAAACAGCAGCUCUCCACAUUGUGCUAAGCGAUUGAUAUGUCAGACAUCUGUGUUGUGGUAAUUUUUAAUUUUGCUUGUUUUAGAGGCUUAAGUGGCUUGAAAGCUUGUCGAGUUAUAAACCUCCAAAAUUUUGAAUAGGUUUCCAUGGAAAAAAGGCCAGUUCGAGUCAUGAAUCGGGAAUACUGUAAUCCGUUUGCUUAUAAAAGUAAUAACAUACUUGACAAACUUCACACCAGGAUCUACGACAUAUCCAAUUUUGGUGCAUGUUGCUUGAAAGCUCUAAAAGGAUUUACUCUUGAUAAAUAAUUGUCUAAAAAUUAUAAUAAUAAGCUUAUAAAGUUAACAGUAUGUUUUCAAGCCAACAUAACAUGACAAAUAAGUCAUUUUUAAAAAAAAAACAUAAAUACAUUGUGUGCGUACAUUUGCAAACAACAUAAAAUGUUGGAGUCCAAUGUGAAAAUGAAUCAGUUAAAAUAUCCUUUUUACAUAUUUUCUGCUUAUAAACCACAACUAAUACACAGACAGAGGUUAAGCAAAGACUGUCACCUGUACAUUUUGAAGCAUGUGUAUGAAGUAAAAGUAUGAAAUCUGCUUGUUUGACUAAUAUCCUUAACACACGCUUGUUUAGUUGUGUCCUGUCCUGUUUUAAUCACAAGAUUCUGUAGCGGAUACCAGCAUAAUGCUUUGCGAGACUAUGAUCUAAUUAUUUUGAGGUGUAUACUGCUGAUAAGUGACUGACAAGUUAAAAGGCUUAUUGUGUUUAUGAAGCUAUUAUAGGAUUGGCUUAAAACAAAAUCAGUCUUUUUGUUUCAUGUAGCAACACUGUCUAUACAAAUAAAUACCAUUAUAGUGAGUCACACUUGUACUUUGACGCUCAUUUUAAGGGCAGGUUUGGACUUCUGACUAUGCAGAAUGUGAAUCUGUGAGUGUAUCAUGGUUUGGUGGCUGCAUAGGUGUCGCAUUAUAAUAUGGAUGUCUGCAAGCAGCUGAAUAAUUUUUCACUGCAGGAAAAAAUUAAAAGAAUCCUGUUCCCUUGCAUAGGCAUGGCCUUUUACAAUUCUCAUACUGCCCCUCUCAUGAUCCAAAGCCAAAUCCUAAAUCUAACUGCAAAAUACACUAUACUAUUAAAUGCAAAAAAGUGUUCAUCGUUUCAUAGUUCAUUUUGUUAUGUCUCAGUGGAAAAAGUAACCAAAGUGUUUGUGAGGUAGUUUCAAGCUAAGUCUAAAAGUAAACCAGUAAAUAAAUAAUUAAAUAAAUGUAGUUUUAUUGAAUAGGUUGCCAGGUUGGUUUGCUAGUAGGUUGAAUAGUGUUAGUUUGCUUAACACCACAUUAAUGCUUCCUACACUUCUAUGUGUGCAAUUUCAUAUAUACAUUGUUGCGUUUAAUGUAAUUUGUUGAAUUAUGUACAAAACAGGUGAAUGGCUGGGAUAUGACCAUGGUGACCCAUGACCAUGCACGGAAAAGACUAA